CAGUGUAUGUCACAUUUAUGCUUCUGAGUGCAAGUGCUAAAUCCAUGGACGUCGUGCAUGUGACAGCUUCUGCCAUAUCAGCAGUGUCCAGCUGCCCGUAAGGAACUCUGUGUUGAUGGCUGCAAAAAUGCAUCAUCACAUACCCAUGCUGUGUAGCAAGGCAUGCGAAUGAGUCCAUGAUCUGUGAGCAGAUAUAUGUGUAUCUGUUGAAGCGUAUAAUAAAGCCUAUGUGUGUUUUCAGGCCAAGAGCUUCAUCUGACAUGGUUUUUCAUGUGCAUGGUUCUCCAGCCUUUUGCUCAAUGCACAGUGUGUUUCAUGGUAAAGGCCACCGUGGAUCAGCCGGUGAAACACACUUCAGCCCAGUGGUGAAUAGUGCACGGAUUAUUUUGAGAAGAGGCAGAGCAAUGUCGUUAUCAGGAGUGGAGUAGAUAUUAUGUCUGACUGGCCACCACACACUUUGACUUGCUAUAUUAGUAACCUGUUGUCGUUGCCAUUGAAGAUAGUUGAGUGAGACUCAGGACAAAGUGAAUGAAGUGUGCGAAUCAAAGUGAAUUUCUCUUUUGCAUCCUGAUGCAUUGGUUUCUUUUAUUCCUCUUAUGAAGCGUCGUUCUGCUUGUGUUAUAUUUUCAUUUCCAUUUCACAUGCUAAAGAUCUGUGGAUUUGCUGUUUGGGUCUGGUUAUUGACGCCGGCGGUGAUUUACUCUGGGGGCUGGUCAGUGCUUCGCAAACCUUAUUCCAUUUGGUUUUAGAUCAAUAAUAUUGACAAACCAGGGGGCUGCCCUUUUUUAGCUGUCGCCGGUGUCACAAACAUCUUGAGCAGUAAAACGUACGGUCUCUUAUAGCUGUGUUAACUGGACUGUGGCAGCCUGUUUAAAUUUUACUUAUAGUCUAGUCUCGUUCAACUGUCACUUUAGUUUUAGUCAUGUCCAGUUUUAGCCUUAUUUUCGCUAAGCUAUGCAGGUAUUCCACCAGCACUUCCUGUUGAAGAUCUAUUUGACAGUAGUAAGGAUAAAAUAUGAAAUUAUUUAUCAUGGGUUUUAAUUUAUUUUCCUUCUUAAAAAGAGUUUAGUUCAAUCCCACAUCACACGUACAGCAACAACUCUUUCAGUAUUACUUCAAAAGAAUCCCUUCCCUGAGCUGGUGGAGAAAUGACGAUGUAAUGAACAUCCUGUCUUGUCUGGCUUUUAUUUGGCGACAAUCGUAAAGCAUGUGUUAAGUUACUGUGAUCGUCGCAGCAUUUUUGUUUUGUUGACGAAAGCAACAUUAGUGUUAACACAGAUAUCUUAUCCUUCAUUUCAUUUUGCCCUUGCUUUGAUAGAUAUUCAUGAUCAAUUCUCUGUGAUCCUUUAUCUGUCUUCGCAAACUGGGUUGCUGAUCUUGUGACUGCAGGGUUUUGCCACAUCCUAACAAGACAGCAAAACAAGUGAUCUCUAUUUAGAGACAAACUCUCACGUGAUCUCACGCUUCAUGGUGGUGGAGGCGGACGGUUUUCGGUGUUUUGCGAGGAAAAAUCCCAAAAGAAACCUCAUUAGUCUGUUGCAUCAUGGCCGCUGUUGUUAUUGUCACCAAUACAGUAAAUGUCAAUUGGUGUUGGGGGGGGUUUGCUGCCCCGCCACAAAAAAUCUUGGCGGAAACCAUGGACUGAUGUGUCACGUGUCUGUAUCUCAGACUUUCUGUUGCUGAACAUAUAGCACUGGACCGUCUAAAGGGUCAUUUUGUGUUCACCUAGAGGGAAAUGGAUUUAACAGAUGCCUUCUGUUUACUUAAGCAAACUCUGUGCUCUGGCGGGGGGGUAAGCAAAUACGCCAGCUAAAAAAAGUUACUGACUAAAACAGUCAGUGUGGUUCCUCAUGAGUCCAGUGGAAAACUGCAGAAGGAUUUGGAAUGCUGGGACUUCUCUUCUCUCACUGGACCUUGGCACUGGCUGAAGCCAUUUCUCUGCUCGUCCUCGUUCAUAUGGUGUGUGAGAACUGGGUUGUUGGUGACCCUGUCGCCAUAGUGACUGAUGCUGUGUGGAAACAGAGGAGUGAGGGCAACCAGCUGGAGGAGUCUCUGAAGACGCUUUGUGAAGUGGCCUCCUGGUCGUCAGAUGAAAAUGGUGGAGUUGGCCUCAACUCAUUGUCUGAGCAGCCCUCACUGCCUGGCAACUCAGAAACAGAAAUACUACAGCCCAGCAAAGACACUGUUUUCUUCCGGGAUGGUGUUCGGAGGAUCGACUUCGUCUUGUCCUAUGUGGACGACAAAGACGGAGAGAAGAAACAGGAGAGGAGGAGAUGCUUUGAGGCCAACCUGGAGAAGGUUGGACUGGAGCUGGAGACUGAGGACAAGUCGGAAUCUAAAGACCACAAGACGUACUUCCUGAAGAUCCACGCUCCCUGGGACGUCCUGGCCACGUAUGCCGAUGUGCUGAAGAUCAAGGUUCCCUUUAAGGCCAGCGACAUGCCGCACACCCACGACGCCGCGCUCAGCUGUCUGUCACAUCCUUUCCGGCUCCCGGACCACAUCAUGAACCCCAAACCGGACUACUUCACCCACGCUUUUGACAAGAACAAGACCGACUUCUUCCUCAUCAAUGACAAAAGUACAUUCUUCCCACCGUCGACGAGAAACAGAAUUGUGUUCUACAUACUCGCUCGCUGUCCGUACUACAAAGAGGGCCGGAAAGACAAAGACAGGACUGGGAUCAAGCGACUGCUGAGCAACGGGACCUACACAGCUGCCUUCCCCCUCCAUGAUUGUCGUUAUUGGAAAAGGGCCAGAGAUGCUGGGUCUGAGAGCGAGCGUUUCAAGUUGUACAAAAACUGGGCCAGGUUCCUCUGCUUUUACAAAGAGCAGCCGCUCAACCUUAUCAGGAAGUAUUACGGCGAAAAGAUCGGGAUCUACUUUGCCUGGUUGGGAUUUUACACGGAAAUGCUGUUCUUCGCUGCUCUCAUGGGUCUGAUCUGUUUCACCUACGGGGUCCUCAGCUACGACGACAACAUAUCCAGUAAGGAGAUUUGUGAUGCUGACAUAGGCGGGAACAUCUUCAUGUGUCCACUCUGUGACAAAAAAUGCCCUUUCUGGAAGCUCAACUCCACCUGCCUCUCAUCCUGGCAAUCCCAUCUGUUUGAUAACGAAGGGACGGUGUUCUUCGCCAUGUUCAUGGGCAUCUGGGUUACUCUGUUCUUGGAGUUUUGGAAGCGGCGCCAGGCCCGGCUGGAGUACGAAUGGGACCUUGUGGACUUUGAGGAGGAGCAGCUACAACUUCAAAUGAGACCUGAGUUUGAGAUUCGAUGCACCAACAGGAGACUCAACAAAAUCACUCAGGAAAUGGAGCCAUAUCUUCCAGUGACCAGCAAGUGUGCUCGCUUCUGCCUGUCCACUGCCACCGUGGUCUUCUGGAUCUCCCUCAUCGUGGCCUGUAUCAUCGGAGUCAUCGCCUAUAGACUGGCUGUGUUUGCUGCCUUUGCCAGUGUCAUUAAAGACCCCAUGAGAAGGAUCCAGGUGGUGGGAAGAUUCAUCACCCCACAACUGGCGACGUCUGUCACUGCCUCCUGCAUCAACUUUGUCAUCAUCAUGAUCCUCAACUUCUUCUACGAGAGGGUGGCCAUCUGGAUCACUGACAUGGAAAUCCCUAAAACUCACCUGGAGUACGAAAACCGACUGACCAUGAAGAUGUUUCUCUUCCAGUUUGUCAACUACUACUCCUCCUGUUUCUAUGUCGCUUUCUUUAAGGGGAAGUUUGUGGGUUUCCCAGGAGACUACUCUUACAUGUUUGGGACGAGCAAGUUGAGGAAUGAGGAGUGUGACCCAGGAGGUUGUCUGAUUGAGCUGACCACACAGUUGGUGAUCGUCAUGGUGGGAAAGCAGCUGUGUGGCAACAUCCAAGAAGCACUUUUACCGUUGAUGCGGAACUGGUGGAACAGCAGAAAAGCCCGUCACAACCCUGAGAUCCACUACAGCCGCUGGGAACAAGACCACGUUUUGCUGAACUUCACUCAGCUGGGCUUGUUCUACGAGUACCUGGAGAUGGUGGUCCAGUUCGGUUUCAUCACUCUGUUCGUGGCCUCCUUCCCUCUGGCACCGCUUCUGGCUCUUUUCAACAACAUCCUGGAAAUCAGAGUUGAUGCCUGGAAGUUCACCACCCAGUUCAAGAGGCCGGUGGCAUCAAAGGCCCGCAAUAUUGGAGCCUGGCAGGAAAUCCUCAAUGCAGUCGCUAUCUUGUCUGUGGUCACCAAUGCCUUCAUCAUGGCCUUCACCUCGGACAUGAUUCCACGGAUGGUCUACCUCUACGCCUACAGUAAAGAUGCUUCCAUGUGGGGCUACGUCAACAACAGUCUGUCUGUGUACAACAUCUCACAGAUCCCCAAGCAGCACAUGCCAGAAGAGCCUCACAGCUUGUUCAAUGUCUCCUCAGAAACCUGCAGGUACAGGGACUACCGUUACCCUCCAGGCCACCAGAAGGAGUACACUCACACCAUGCAGUUCUGGCACAUCCUCGCUGCCAAAAUGGCCUUCAUCAUUAUUAUGGAACACGUGGUUUUCGUGGUCAAGUUCUUCGUGGCGUGGAUGAUCCCGGACGUCCCCUCUGACGUGAAGGCGCGGAUUAAAAGGGAACGCUACCUGAUACAGGAGUACCUGCAUAACUAUGAAGUGGAGAAGCUGAAGCUGCAGCUGUCGGCCAGUUUCAUCACGGAGCCCAUCUCCGAACCCUCGCUGAGCACGGACUAGCAUGCCACCUGGCAUGUGGUUACAUCCAAGUGUCUGUAGCAACUCCUUAACCUCUCUGCUCAUCGUCAUCAUCACGCAAGGGCUUCUGUGAACCAAGAGCUGUUAUCGUUUCUUUUUGAAUGGGCAUCAUCAUGUGUUUUCCUAUAUUAGGAUUGUUUUGUUGAAUCAGCUAAAUAACCUUUCAGUGCCAUGAAAGACUGUUCAUAGAAAAUAUAACAGAUUGGAAGAAAGAAAAACAAAUAUUUGUACCUGUGUUCUUGUCAAAUCUCUUUGUGACUCUCUUUCUUAUCGCUGCGUGAAACCGCACGGCAGAAAUGUGCAGCUUGUGUUUGGUAUGAUGUCAGUUCCUGCAUGGCGCUAAUGGGCUGAACAGUUACUUUUUAAGUGACAUUAUGAGUGAAUGCAAGUAACAUAAAAAUUACAGUCUUGGCCAAAAUGAUUCCUCUUCCUGCUGUAAUAGAAAAAAAAACCUCCCCAAAACAUUUGCUCUGUUGAGUUCGUGAGCGCCCCCUAUAGCCGUCCUUCAUUCAUUUGAUUGUUUUCUUUUUUUCCUCUGUUUUAUUUUUAUUUUUUCCUUCAGAAAAUAAGCCAUACAAGUAGAUGUUGUUGCUGACUAGGAGCAACACGUGGUGACCCCGUAAACAUUUUGAAAUAUUGGCUUUGUGCAAGCAAGCUAAAACUGAAUUCAUGUGUUUUUUCAGUGUUGUUAAAGUGUACACAAUUUGAGAAUACAUGAAACAAAAGAAGAUAUAUGCCAGGCCACGACUGCAGACCAUGUAGAAGUAGUAUAGAAGUUUGUUCAAUAACAUUCCAGUUUUUCAACAUAAAUACCAGUUAUUUCUGAUGCUAAUAUGCGACAUGAGCCAUGAUGUUCAAAGAGAGAAGCUUGGAAGAUGUGAACGUUUUAUUUUGCCCUGCAGUUAAUGGUGGACAAGUAGUGCAACUUGUAUUUAUCACUGUUGAACGUGGCUUCACAUUUAGAGCCUGAACAUUUCCUGAAGUGCAUUUGAAGAGUUGUAGACGGCCGCUGCAGUAAAGUAAUGAAUGUGUCAAAGGUAAAGAGUUUUUGUUGUUUUGCUUUUGUACUGUGUUCGGGAAUGUCCAUAGCUGUUCGCUGCAAUAACGCAAGUCUUAACAUAGAAGUGUCUUCUUCCACCCCUAUCUCAGGAAUCGGCAUCGUCUCGGCGCGUGACCAUUUGGAGGCAUGAGGCCGUGUGACUGACUAACCAAUGCCUUUCAUGCUUGCUUUUCCAUGUGUUUGUACAGUCUGCGCAGAUAAAUGUCAUUUCUCUGUGAGAGUAGCAUGCUGUUAUCAUGAAUGAAUAUACUGAGAUGAUGUCAUUCUGAUGGUAUUUACAAUAAAUUAUU